AUGAAAGAACUCCUUCUUCCAAACCAAAACGGAAUGACUGCGAUCCAGUGUGCCAAGACGAUGAACCCAUUAUUGGCUACCGACAUCGAGACAUGUCUACUUUCUCGCGGUGUUAUCGUGACCCAAAGCUCACGAGGUUACGUCGUUGCAUCUGCGAUCUCAUCAAGUGUAGGGGCUCCGUAUUUAAAGCGAGUCGAUGUUCGACCGAAUCGCUUCGUUGCGUGUUCAAGCACUGCGUCGACCGUUGGACUCACGCUGCGCGCAAACGGCAUUCACUACGCUGCAGCGAGGGCAGUGUACGUGCAGCAAGUGCGUUCUCAGGCUCUGGACGAGUUGGCAUUCUACGGUGACAAACUGCUGGCCUUCGCGGCAUCUGGCACUGUCGGAUGCGAUGAAUGCCGGAGCGUCACCACUCGGUCUGUCGCGUGGAGUGGAUCCAAAAUUGCUGAUCUCGCUAAGGAAGCAACCUUCCGUGCAAAGUUCGACAUCUUUGCCCCAUGUAAGAACGCAAGCCAGCAGUUAGUACCGGGGACGUCGGUGAUGUUGGACUUCGCGGGUAAACCUGAACCAAAAAUCGCCAUCAGUUAUUCUGGUGUGCGCGUGCCCGAUGCAGGUUAUUAUGACGACGAUUUUCUAAGGGGAUUUCGUCGUGGAUGGUUCAAUAUUCGUGAGAAUCACGACUUCGGCUAUGACGACAUGAGGGUUAUGAUCGAGCUGCCCGACGAAGGAAUUGUUUUCUGCCGGGGUGUCGUAUUUUGCCUCAAUAAGGUAUCUGUAUUUCCAGCGUUUCGUGCCAUUCAGAGUUCCGUGCCAUUCAGAGUUCCGUGCCACAUUGACGGAACUAUACAGUUCUUCUCCAAAUAUCAACCAGUAAACCUAACGCACACACCAAGGAAAGAGAAAAUCACAGAACGUCCACAUAGGCGCACCAUAUCCCCGACAAUCCUUCUCUCAGGUGGUGUUACGACUUUCUUGCGUUACACAAGGACAUUUUUGGGCCAAGAAGUGCCCAAAACAUGGAGGAGUGUCGAGCGAAAGCGUCCCAUUGAAGCGAUAAAGCGAAAGGAAGCCGCUGCGAGGAGAGAAAUAGCGAAGCAGGAGGCGGAGGUGAAACGCAAGGUAGCUAAAUUGCUGUGUGAGAGGUUGUGCAAAGAGGCUACUGAGAAAAAGAAGCAAAAUCGUGAAGCCAAAGCUCAGUUACGCGAAACAAAGAAAAACGAGGUACUAGAGGCACGUAUGAAGGCUAAAAGACUUCGCGAGAGGAAGAUGACCGCGAAGGGCACGCUCGACAAGACCGUAAAGAUCGUGUAUUCUGCGAUUGUGUAA